GUCAGCCUUCGUCUCUCUCUCGAUUCCUUCCUUUUUCAAAAUUUCCCUUCGUUUUGGUGGGUCUUCUUCGUCACAGAAGAAUUGAUCCACAGCGAACAAAGGCUUGGUUUUAUUCUUUGUUUCAUUCGAAAACGGGUCAAAGAGGUAUGCGAUUUAACAAAAUCUGAGCUGCCGAGGACUCUAUUCCAUCAGGAACACACUAUGCAAAUAGCUUGUCAACCCCAUCCACUUGUUUACUUCUCAGUAAGAAGCAUCUCUAAGAGACAAGAUGGAUGGAGGAAUGUACAAAACUUGCAUUCAAGAAACUUUGUUAAGCUUGUAUUGCUGGAACCUCAGAUGCAUAAAUUCGCUAUGUCUCUAUGCAAAAACAGAUUGCAUGCAAUCCCAAAUGCUGAAGAUGGGGACCCAUCUGCCUCUAUGUCAGAAGACAUCAAUUCGAAUCCGGUGCUUGAUUCUAUAGCAGGAGAGUUGUGGAAUAAAUGGUCACCUCCAAAAUACCUAUGGAGGGGGCUAUCAGUUCUUUUUCUAACUGGGCAGGUGAUUAUGAGGACUUUAAAGGGUAAAGUCCAUUGGAAAAAUACUCUCCAACAGCUAGAGAGAGUAGGGCCAAGAUCUGUAGGGGUUUGCCUUCUAACAUCUGCAUUUGUUGGCAUGGCAUUUACUAUCCAGUUUGUUAGAGAAUUUACUAGAUUAGGAUUAAACAGGUCUGUUGGUGGUGUAUUAGCUCUGGCAUUCUCAAGGGAGCUAAGUCCUGUCAUUACAUCGAUUGUGGUUGCCGGGAGAAUUGGAAGUUCAUAUGCUGCAGAAUUAGGAACAAUGCAGGUGUCUGAACAAACAGACACGUUAAGAGUCUUGGGUUCGAACCCUGUUGAUUAUCUCGUCACUCCAAGAGUUAUAGCCUCCUGCAUUGCUCUUCCAAUUCUAACUUUAAUGUGUUUCACAGUUGGGAUGGCAUCAAGUGCCCUUUUGGCUGACAGUGUUUAUGGUGUUAGCAUCAACAUUAUCCUUGACUCAGCUAUGAGAGCUCUAAAAUCUUGGGAUAUUAUCAGUGCAAUGAUCAAAUCGCAGGUUUUCGGUGCUAUUAUAUCAAUUGUAAGCUGCGCUUGGGGUAUUACUACUUCAGGGGGUGCUAAGGGGGUCGGGGAGUCCACAACAUCAGCCGUUGUCAUCUCUCUUGUUGGCAUAUUUAUUGCUGAUUUCACACUUUCUUGUUUCUUCUUCCAGGGAGCUGGAGAUUCCCUAAAGAACUGUAUGUAAAUUCAUUGAGCCCACAUACAUAAAAAAGUUUCAGUUGGGGAAAAGAGCAUAUCAGAAUCUGCUGUUUACAACAAACACGACUCCAAGAAGUUUUAACUAAUGGGAAGCCAUUGGAGGCAUAUGUGAGUUUUAGUUUCAUUACUUUUAGGUUGAAGCAAGAACAUUCUGGCUUGUCUUCUCUGAUUGACUAGUGAAGAAGGUGCCUUUUUUACGCAGGAUUUGAACGGUUCACAUUUUAUUCCAUUUGUGAUUAGUAAAAUCUCUAGCACAUGUUUUGUUAGUAGAGCUUUUACCAAAUUUUGAUUCUACCCCUAGAUGGAAGGUCACUAAAAGAGCACACUUUUGGUUACCAUUAGCUUUUAUAAUUUAAAACGAGUUAGAUUCGAAAUUUUCAACACAUGAAUGAGCCUCCCUUGGUUUCUUUACAUUCAUAACUCAAAAUGAAUGGCUUUGAUUGCAAUAAAUAAUUGUUGUAAAUCUGUUCAGUUGCAGUUUGUUGUACAUCAGUGACUCGUUCCAAGUUCUUGUACAUAAAGGACUUGAGUCAGUUAUUUUUCUCUUUCAUAAUGAAAAUGACUUCAGAGCAUAUGGUUCA